AUGUCUUCCUCCGGCCUGUCAUCUCAGUUGACUCGACCUGUCACCAUGUCGCACCACUCCGGCACCGUCUCAGAGACAGCGUCGUCCACGAGCAAUCCGGUUGCUACCCCGAAGGCUGAUGCUUCAGCUCCUGCUCUCGAAGCGCUUGUUCAUGAGCUGCGCCAAUUUCGAGAGGACUUUGCCCCACGAGCCGAUGAACUCAAUCCGUACGACCUUCCUUCCACCGCCUCUCCUUCUCCUCAUGACCGCGCCCUUCUCGUUCAAGUUCAGCAGCAGGCUCUCCAGCUAGCUGCUGCCGAGUAUCAGUUGCUGUCUGCCAAGAGAGAUGCCAAGGACCUCCGCUCUGCUUUGGAUGAGGCCAAUGCCGACAAAGCUCGUUUGCAAAGGCAGCUUGCCCUUAACACGUCCGCGAAGUCGGAGAUCGCCACUAUGGACGUGGUACAGAAGGAGUUUACAAAGUUGAAGCAAUAUCUCGACUUCCGUCUUGAGCACUUCAUCGGCCAAUUCUCCACUUCUACGCCCAGCCGUGCUUCUUCCUCGGCGCCGGUCUCGUCUCCAACGGCCUUUGUCGCCACCAAAGGUAGUCCACUGAAGACUCAAGCCACGGCUACUCGUCAGCCGCUUCUCCAUGAUUGGCGCUUCGAGACAACCACGUCACAGACACCCCAUCGCCUUGACCACCCCGAUGACUGCAACUGCUCUGUCGCCUGUCUCCAGUGGGGUGAGGUGAGCGCCGCCGAGACCGCCAUCAUGGGGAAGGAAGCCCUACACGGCAACCCUAGCUCAUACUCGAACUACAUGUCUCCUAUCAGUGCGGCUAUUCUGAAGGGCAACCAUGAUGGCCAGAACUGCCACUGCAUCAUUUGCAUGCAGUGGUCCACCCCACCCAGUCCGGCGCACUGCGGCUCUUCCUCCGGGUACGCUUGUUCAGGCUUUGGCUGCCGUUCGACCCGCGCCCAGACGACGGACAAAGCCGACAGGGAAGGGCGACCUUCGCACUCAGUCAAGAGCUCGAUCCACUCGAGCCAUUCGACGUCGAACGCACCCUUCAAUUCUCGCCUUGGGCAGCCAUCGGGCAAGGCAUUCGGCAACGACUCGCACUCGAUCAUGCUCAACUACAUGCUUAACUCUAACGCCGGAUCGCCCGCUGGUUCUGUUAAUCGAGUUUCCACACGUUCGAGGGCCAACUCGAGCGCGGCGGUCAGCAGCUGGACGCCGGCCAAGGCACCUUCCGUCUGUCCGCCCCCCUCCUCUGCGCGCUGGCCCACUAGCCUCAUGUACGCCUGA